GCAGGUAGCCGGCGGCCCCGGUCCAAUGGGUGCCGGCUCCCGAGGAGAGGGAGGAGGAGAGGAGGAAGGAGGCGAACUGUGGGCCCCAGCCCCAUUCAUUGCCGCGGCCGGCGGGCACUGGGGCCAGUGUUUUCAGAGUCAUGGAGGCGCUGAUUCCUGUCAUUAACAAACUCCAGGACGUCUUCAAUACGGUGGGCGCCGACAUCAUCCAGCUGCCUCAAAUCGUCGUAGUGGGAACGCAGAGCAGUGGAAAGAGCUCAGUGCUAGAAAGCCUGGUGGGGAGGGACCUGCUUCCCAGAGGUACUGGAAUUGUCACCCGGAGACCUCUCAUUCUGCAACUCGUCCAUGUUUCACAAGAAGACAAACGAAAAACAACAGGAGAAGAAAAUGACCCUGCUACAUGGAAAAACUCAAGACACCUUUCUAAAGGGGUGGAAGCAGAAGAAUGGGGUAAAUUUCUUCACACCAAAAAUAAGCUUUACACGGAUUUUGAUGAAAUUCGACAAGAAAUUGAAAAUGAAACAGAAAGAAUAUCAGGAAAUAAUAAGGGAGUAAGCCCUGAACCAAUUCAUCUUAAGAUUUUUUCACCCAACGUUGUCAAUUUGACACUUGUGGAUUUGCCAGGAAUGACCAAGGUGCCUGUAGGUGAUCAACCUAAGGAUAUUGAGCUUCAGAUCAGAGAGCUCAUUCUUCGGUUCAUCAGUAAUCCAAAUUCCAUUAUCCUCGCUGUCACUGCUGCUAAUACAGAUAUGGCAACAUCAGAGGCACUUAAAAUUUCAAGAGAGGUAGAUCCAGAUGGUCGCAGAACCCUAGCUGUAAUCACUAAACUUGAUCUCAUGGAUGCGGGUACUGAUGCCAUGGAUGUGUUGAUGGGAAGGGUUAUUCCAGUCAAACUUGGAAUAAUUGGAGUAGUUAACAGGAGCCAGCUAGAUAUUAACAACAAGAAGAGUGUAACUGAUUCAAUCCGUGAUGAGUAUGCUUUUCUUCAAAAGAAAUAUCCAUCUCUGGCCAAUAGAAAUGGAACAAAAUAUCUUGCUAGGACUCUAAACAGGUUACUGAUGCAUCACAUCAGAGAUUGCUUACCAGAGUUGAAAACAAGAAUAAAUGUUCUAGCUGCUCAGUAUCAGUCUCUUCUAAAUAGCUACGGUGAACCUGUGGAUGAUAAAAGUGCUACUUUACUCCAGCUUAUUACCAAAUUUGCCACAGAAUAUUGUAACACUAUUGAAGGAACCGCAAAAUAUAUUGAAACUUCGGAGCUAUGCGGUGGUGCUAGAAUUUGUUAUAUUUUCCAUGAGACUUUUGGGCGAACCUUAGAAUCUGUUGAUCCACUUGGUGGCCUUAACACUAUUGACAUUUUGACUGCCAUUAGAAAUGCUACUGGUCCUCGUCCUGCUUUGUUUGUGCCUGAAGUUUCUUUUGAAUUACUGGUCAAGCGUCAAAUCAAACGUUUAGAAGAGCCCAGCCUCCGCUGUGUGGAACUGGUUCACGAGGAAAUGCAAAGGAUCAUUCAGCACUGUAGCAAUUAUAGUACACAGGAAUUGUUACGAUUUCCUAAACUUCACGAUGCCAUAGUUGAAGUGGUGACUUGUCUUCUUCGUAAAAGGUUGCCUGUUACAAAUGAAAUGGUCCAUAACUUAGUGGCAAUUGAAUUGGCUUAUAUCAACACAAAACAUCCAGACUUUGCUGAUGCUUGUGGGCUAAUGAAUAAUAAUAUAGAGGAACAAAGGAGAAACAGGCUAGCCAGAGAAUUACCUUCAGCUGUAUCACGAGACAAGUCUUCUAAAGUUCCAAGUGCUUUGGCACCUGCCUCCCAGGAGCCCUCCCCUGCUGCUUCUGCUGAGGCUGAUGGCAAGUUAAUUCAGGACAGCAGAAGAGAAACUAAAAAUGUUGCAUCUGGAGGUGGUGGGGUUGGAGAUGCUGUUCAAGAACCAGCAACAGGCAACUGGAGAGGAAUGCUGAAAACUUCAAAAGCUGAAGAGUUAUUAGCAGAAGAAAAAUCAAAACCCAUUCCAAUUAUGCCAGCCAGUCCACAGAAGGGUCACGCUGUGAAUCUGCUGGAUGUGCCAGUUCCUGUUGCACGAAAACUAUCUGCUCGGGAACAGCGAGAUUGUGAGGUUAUUGAACGACUCAUCAAAUCAUAUUUUCUCAUUGUCAGAAAGAAUAUUCAAGACAGUGUGCCAAAGGCAGUAAUGCAUUUUUUGGUUAAUCAUGUGAAAGACACUCUUCAGAGUGAGCUAGUAGGCCAGCUGUAUAAAUCAUCCUUAUUGGAUGAUCUUCUGACUGAAUCUGAGGACAUGGCACAGCGCAGAAAAGAAGCAGCUGAUAUGCUAAAGGCAUUACAAGGAGCCAGUCAAAUUAUUGCUGAAAUCCGAGAGACUCAUCUUUGGUGAAGAGAACUAUCUAAUACUCAGACUUUAUUGACUCAAAAACUUGCUAGUUAUUGCCUGAGUAGAAUUUUAUUUAUGAACUCCUGUGUACUGCAAUGGUAUGAAUCUGCUCAUGUGAAGACUGGCUAUAAACUGAAAAGUGUAUUCCAUAUUGCAGAACAAAUCACACAUUUAAUCCAAAUAAUAAAUGGCUGUUUCUAAAGUUUCCCAGUAUAUAUAAAAUACAUCAACUCUGUCUUGUGACAGUUUGAUCUGAACUUAAAAAGAACUGUUAAUGUUCUAGUUGUACAAAGCAGUUUGCCUGUGGAUAAGAUGACCUGUGUAAUCUUUGUUAGUAGUCUUAAAGCUGCUGCCAUAGUCCUCCAAGAAGAAAGCACCAAGACAACAUUUCAUAUGACUAUAAUGCAUGUACUAUAUAAACUGAACUGGCUUUGAAAGAUGUGGGCUGGCAAGUUCCUCACAUAGAGUCAUUGUAUUCCACCUGUCCUUCAAUUUAGUUUUUCUGAGCUUCUCUGCAGACUCUGAUGUGUUUUUAAGAACACUGAAUGCACAAGAGGAUCUGUGACACCGACAUGGAUGUGGUGUGCAUACUGUGUAGUUACAUAGCCCUUCCAAUUCUGGGUCCAUUUGCCCUAGCACAUUAAAAAUUAAAAUAUGCUUUGAUUCAUACUUAAACCUGUAAGCAUGAAUGCCUACAUUAAUUCCUACAUUAAAAACAACAGCCAUCUACCCUUGAUGAUCUAGUAAGAGUUGGUAAUGAUGGCCAGUUCCUUUUAGUUUUAGACAAUCCAGUGAUGACCUAAAUUUCCAUGAACUUACAAUACAGUAGUAGUAACGAAGGUACAUCUUUAAAAUGGAGCACUUACACCAGCCUCUAAGAUUCACUUUGAGGUGGGACUUAAAACCAAUAUACUGUAUGUGUAUGCUGGUAAUAGCUACUUUUGCUUUACAGCAUACAAACAAACUAUAUUCCAACAAAAUAUAUUAGAAUAGUAUGAAAGUACUGGAGGAGCUUUGUUAUUCAAAAAAAAAAACAACAAAAAAAAACCCAGAUAGACAAACUCCUUAAGACUUACAGACUUAAACUGCAUUUAUGGGAUAGUGAUAAGGUUUAGAACAUAUAAUUCCCCAGGUGAUUCUUGGUAUAAACUACAUUAUAAAUUUGAAGAUGUACCUGACAUCUAGCCCCAUCACUAACAGACGACACAUUUAUAGAUAUUAAAUUUUUUUUUUCAGUUUAUGACCAGAUAUUUAUGAAGGACUAUUGGCAGGGAAAAUAUGUUAACUUUAGCUUACUGCACCAGUAUACUAAGGAACAACAGGCUCACCAACUGAUCUUAAACAUUAAAAACCCCGUAUCACUCUGAUACGAUAUGGCACUACCUUGAAUCUGUUACUAGUACCAUCUUGACAGAGGAUACAUGCUCCCCAAACUUUUGUUACAACACUUAAAAAUCACUCUGCUGUCAUUAGGCAUCAGUUUCAAAAUUAUAACCAUCCAUGAUUUACUUUUUCCAGAUUAGUCUUUUGAAUUCGUAAGGGGAAAAAACCCAAAAAACUUACAAUGCACUUUUCUCUAGCACAUCAGAUUUCAAACUAAAAAUUAAAGACAUGCUAUGGUAAUGCACUUGCUAGUACUACACAUUUUGUACAACGAAAAACAGAGGCAAGAAACUUAAUGGAAAGAGAAAAAAACGUUCUUUUGUUGGCCCUUAAACUGAGUCAAGUUCUGAAAUGUAGAGAUGAUCUCUGACAUUUAUAACAGAUACCUGUAUGUUCUUGCUGUGUAAAUAAAAUUGCUGGUAUGAAAUGA